ACAUACUCAUUACAUAUCAAUGGUUUUUGUUGUGUCAUUAAAACUAAUAGUUUUCGUUAGUUAUAUCAUUAAAACUGACAAUUUUCACUAGUUAUGUUGUUAAAAUCGACAAUUUUCAUUACACACUGAUGGAACUAUCAAUAACUAAUGAAGUGUGUAACUUUGUAAGGUAUACGAAUCAAUGUCUUAUAUAUAUAUAUAUAUUGGGUACGAUGGAAAGUUCUGAUUAAUUGAAUACUCCACCAGAUAUUGAUGAGUGCAAAGAACCAAAAAAGUAUCUUUGCCACGGACCUUGCCGGAAUACCAUCGGAUCCUACAUUUGCGAAAAUGAAACAAACAAAUCGAACAAAACAAACUGGCUUUUCAUUUUGGUUGUAGGUAUCAGUCUAGGGGUUGCAGUAGUUUGCUUAAAUAUUGGUGCACGAUGGGUGUCCAAAAUGUUAAAGAAGAGACGGAAAAUGAAGCUUCGGAGCCAGUUCUUCAAACAAAGCUUAUUAUUGCAGCAACAACUGUCUUCAAUUGAGGGUAAUGUUGAAAUGACCAAAACAUUUAGCACGAAGGAGUUGGAAAAGGCAACUGAUAACUUCAAUUGGAAUAGAAUACUUGGUCAGGGAGGUCAGGGCACUGUUUAUAAAGGAAUGUUGGUUGAUGGAAGAAUUGUUGCAAUUAAGAAGUCCAAAGUAUUAGAUGAAGAGAAAGUUAAAGAUUUCAUCAAUGAAGUGGUGAUUCUUACGCAGAUUAAUCACAGAAACAUAGUUAAGUUAUUAGGGUGUUGUUUGGAGACUGAAGUUCCUUUGCUAGUUUAUGAAUUCAUCCCCAAUGGGACACUUUUCCAGUAUAUACAUGAUGAAAAUGAGGACUUCCCAUUAUCUUGGGAAAGACGAUUAACAAUUGCAUCAGAAGUUGCAUCUGCCCUUUCCUACUUGCACUCAGCAGCCUCCACUCCCAUUUAUCAUCGAGAUGUCAAGUCCUUGAAUAUUUUACUGGAUGAAAAGUAUAGGGCAAAGGUUUCAGACUUUGGGACAUCGAGAUCAAUUGCCAUUGAUCAAACUCAUUUGACUACAAAUGUUCAAGGCACAUUUGGUGCACUUUUGCCGAGGGGAAAUGGCUUGAGUGGUCAUCCCAUCAGGCGGCUGUGAUAUAGAACUUACAAGAGACCUGAAUCGGACGGUUCUGGUGCAGGGUGCAGAUUUAUAGACCAUAUAUUGGGCUAACUGUAAAAAUAGCCCAUUGGGCCAUAUUAUUGGUUCAUCAAGAAAAUGAUCUCUUGUCA